AUGAAAAGGGUACAGUUCCCAGAGCUCACCCCAUCGCAAGUACAGGUAAAUACAGAUAGGCAAGACGUUCAAGGGGUCGAAAUCAAUGCAACAAAGAAAAAGGGGGCCAUUGUGCGCGCUUACGCAAGGAGCCCACGUGCGCUCUAUUUGGAGAUUGUUUCGAGAACACUUUCGAGAAAAUUUAUUGAAAUCAUGAAUGAGUAUUCAGAUGGCUCGAAAAGUUCAGCGUCCACAAUAAAUAGAUUGGCUAUAAGAUACCUGACAUAG